AUGUCUAAAACAAACAUGGAAUUAUAUCAGAUCACAGAUGCCGAAACAGAGGAUUACAAACGAAUACUGAAGGAAACGGGAUACACAGCUCUUCAUGACAAAUCAGAACAAACCUUUAAUGAAUGGAAACUUUUCCAAAUCAACAUUGCUGUCACAGGAGAAUCCGGCACAGGAAAGUCGUCAUUUAUUAAUUCUAUCAGAGGGUUAAAAGCAGAUGAUCCUGGUGCGGCAAAAGUUUCCGCAGUCGACACGACCAUUGAACCAACAGCUUACGACCACCCUGACAAUCCAAAGCUUCGGUUUUGGGAAUUGCCUGGAGUUGGAACGUCAAACUUCACACGCGAUACCUAUUUAGAGAAGGUUGAUUUAAGUCGGUUUGACUUUGUUUUGCUCCUGUCGUCUUCGCGAUUUAAGGAAAAUGACAUUUGGCUCGCAAAAGAAAUUAUUAGGUUAAAGCCAAAUUUUAACUUGUUUUUUGUACGAACAAAGAUCGACGAUGAUCUUCGCUCAGCACAAAAUUCACGACGCAAAAUUCAGACCGCCGAAGACAGACAAGCAUUGCAACAGGAAAUCAGGGACAAUGCAAGGCUCAAUCUGCAGAAAGGCAAGAUAUUAAAUGCAAAUAUAUAUCUUAUUGACAACAAUGACACAACAGCUUUCGAUUUUGGUUCAAUCUUCUCGAAACUGAUCCAAAAGGUUUCCUAUCUUAAAAGGGAGUCAAUGAUCAUGUCUCUGUCUGGUAUCACAAACGAAGUUGUUCAAAACAAGCUCGCUAUAUUGAAAGGUAGAAUAAACUCGGUUUCUAAAACCGCGGCAGUGGCGGCAGUCUUUGCAAACACGGACACGAACAAGUAUCCGGCAGAAAUAGAUGUUUUGCUAGAGGAAUGCAGAUUUUAUUGUUCGCAGCUAGGACUCAAUUUAGAAUCUCUUCAAAUCUUCGCAAAACGUAUUGAAAUUGAUUUCGAUGAAUUCCUGAUCAAGUUGCCAAUGCAAUCGUACAUAUAUGUAGAUUCCGAGGACACGUUUGCCAAGUAUUAUCAACAGUUUGAAAAAGUUGAACCAAAAAUUUGGCAUUCACUGCCACUUAUAGGAAACAAGGGCAAGGUCAAAGCUCACCAAAAGCAAUGCGCGUUUCUACUGAAAAAAUUUCUCGACAUGUGCUCAAAAGAAACACAUCACAUGACCAUGGCUUUAGAGGGAUCCUAA